AUGAAGAAGAGCGAAACUAAACCAACACCCACCGCUAGCGCCAUCGCUAAUAGCAAAAAUGCAGCAGCUUCGGCGGCAGCCGCAGCAGAAGCAGAAGCGGCGGAGCCAACCAAAGCUGAAUUAGAGGCUGAAUUCGAUCCCAAUGACAAAGCCAAAGCCGCCACUAAAAUCCAAGCCGUUUUUCGAGGACACAAAGUACGAAACACCAUGAAGAAGAGCGAAACUAAACCAACACCCACCGCUAGCGCCAUCGCUAAUAGCAAAAAUGCAGCAGCUUCGGCGGCAGCCGCAGCAGAAGCAGAAGCGGCGGAGCCAACCAAAGCUGAAUUAGAGGCUGAAUUCGAUCCCAAUGACAAAGUUAUACCAAAGUAUCGCGUCAACCACACCAGUCGUUUCUAUUCCGUGCCAACUCACGCCAAUUCGAAAUGCCAAGUGAAGCCUGGUCUUUUCAACGUAGAAGAGGCAUUCCUCUUCCUCUCUUAA